AUUCGUCUAACAUAUUUUCAUUUAGAAACCUGCAUAUAUAUAAUGGAUGUGGCUUAUGGAGAGGUGGAGAUCAGCUCUUCCGUCUCUGGUCCUAAACUUUUCAAAGUCUACGACAACUUUGAAAUUAUCGCACCUAAGAUCAUUCCUGAAACGUAUAAGUCCUUCACUUUUAUCCGCGGUGAUGGUGAUGUAGGAACCAUCAAAAGCGUUACAUAUGGUGAUGGCACAAGUACAAAGCACACAAUCGAUGCCAUUGAUAGGAGCAACCUUAUAUUUAGCUGGACGUUCUUUGAAGGUGAUGCCUUGAAGGGUAUAAUAAAUACAGCCACUCAUCAUUUGAAAUUUAUACCUUCUCCUAAUGGAGGAUGUGUAUUCAAACAAACAUUUGUAAUUAGGUAUAAAGGUGAUGCUAAGUUAAUCGAUAAUAUUAUUAAUGGUAUCAAAGAAGCAAUCAAGAACACUUUCAAGAAGAUGGAAUCUUACGCUAUUGACCAUCCUAAAGUUUAGUAACUUUUUCACUUAAAUAAUGAUAGUGUGUUAGACUAUCUCAUCAUUGUACUCUUUUUUGUUUGAAAUAAUAUACAAUAAUUAAGAUA